UCCAUGCACCCCACCUUCUCCACAUCAUACUCAAACCUCUUCUAUCACCUUCUCCAUUCCUCCAAUGGCCUCUUCUCUACUCUUCUCCGUCACAAGGCGCGACCCCGUGUUAAUUUCCCCCGCUAAACCCACACCCCAUGAAUUCAAACACCUUUCCGACAUAGAUGAUCAGGAAGGCCUCCGUUUCCAGAUCCCUGCCAUACAGUUCUACCGCAAUGAUCCUUCAAUGGGAGAGCGAGACCCAGCACAGAUUAUCAGGAAUUCUAUAGCUGAGGCCCUCGUUUUCUACUACCCAUUAGCCGGUAGGCUUAGAGAAGGGCCUGACCGGAAACUGACGGUGGAAUGCACCGGUGAAGGUGUAGUGUUCAUCGAAGCUGACGCUGAUGUCAGCCUCAAGGAGUUCGGAGAUGCACUGCAGCCUCCAUUCCCAUGCUUUGAGGAGCUUCUCUAUGACGUACCUGGCACGGGAGAAAUCCUCAACUGCCCUUUGAUUUUAAUUCAGGUAACUCGUCUCACGUGUGGGGGUUUCAUCUUCGCCAUUCGAAUCAACCACACCGUCAGCGACGGGAUUGGGAUCGUCCAAUUCAUGUCCGCAGUGGGCGAGCUCGCACGUGGGGCGCGGGCCCCGUCCAUUCUGCCUGUGUGGCAGAGGGAGUUGCUCAACGCACGUGACCCACCCCGUGUGACGCACGUGCACCGGGAGUACGAUCAAGUGCCUGACACAAAAAAUACCACAAUACCCCUCUCUAACAUGGUCCACCAUUCCUUUUUCUUCGGCCCCACCGAGAUAUCUGCCCUCAGGAAGCACGUGCCACACCACCUCCGCAGGUGCUCCACGUUCGAGCUCCUGUCUGCGUGUCUCUGGCGCUGCCGCACGAUCGCCGUUGGACCCGACCCAGAUGAGGACGUGAGGAUCAUCUGCGUCGUUGAUGCACGUACCAAGUUCAAGCCGCCCCUUCCGGCAGGCUACUACGGGAACGGCAUCGCAUUGGCGAUGGCUAUCUCGCCGGCCGGGAAGUUGUGUCAGAGUCCGUUGGGAUAUGCACUGGAACUAGUGAAAAAGGCGAAAUCUGACGUCACACAAGAGUAUAUGCAGUCUGUAGCAGAUCUGAUGGUGAUAAAGGGUCGGCCCCACCCCCACUUCACAGGAGUACGGACUUACGCCGUGUCGGAUGUGACACGUGCUAGGUUUGGGGAGAUUGAUUUUGGGUGGGGAAAGCCUGUUUAUGGAGGGCCAGCGAAGGCGGGUGUGGGGGCCAUUCCUGGGGUUUCUAGCUUUUUUAUACCGUUUAGGAAUGGAAAAGGGGAGGAUGGACUCGUGGUGCCAAUUUGCUUGCCAGGGCCGGAUAUGGAGAGAUUUGCGGUCGAGAUUGAAAGCAUGAUCCAGGAGACCAUGCUCGAUGGGAGCUCCAAGCUUUAGAAGAUUUAAGGAAAGAUAAAUCUAACGGUCGGCACAAAACAACAUGCUGCUAUUGGUCUAGUACUACAUAUCUAAUAAGCUAUGUUCUUAUAUAUAUAUAUAUA